AGCAAGCAUUGAACAACACUAAAAGACCAUGUCGUCUAAUAAACCGAGUCACUCUCCUAAACCCCGAAGCACCCAAGCAGCCAUGAAAACCGUCCUCUCAUCUUCGUCAACCACGACGACCACAACAUCAUCCUCGGUAAAAUCGAGCACCACCACCGCCGCCAUGGAAGACGACCGAUCUGAAAAUCGUGACAGCUGCUACUACCCAGGAUGCAGAAAAGACGCCAACUGCAAGUGUGACAUGUGCUUGGCCAGCAUCAAUGCCACUCUUGAUCUCAUGCCUUUUAGCUCCCAGAAAAGCACACUCACCAAGUUCUCAGCUUCAAGGCCCAAGACCAACCGCAGUGUUGAACUCACUCCCAUCUCUUUUGAUGCUUCGGUUUUGUCCACACCCAGAUCAAACUCUUCUCAGAUUCCGGUGUCCCCGGGUCGUAAAUCGGCUGCAAGAUUCAAAGUGAAGGAAAAGAUUAAGAAGAGGGAGAGAAAUUGGGGUUUUGGGUGUGAUUUUUGGAGAAUGAUUUUGGGUUUAAGCUUGGUUUAUUUUGCUGUGUGUGGAGUUUCUAAUCUGGUCUCUGGGGCUUUGAAACCUGUUCUAUCACCUGAGAUGGUGAGAAAUGUUGGUGAAAAAUCUUGGGUUGUGGAUGAUUUGAAUGGGAGGCUGAGGUUCUUGCAGAAAGAGGUGCAGGGUCUUGUUCAAGGAAAGGUUUCAAAUUGCAGCUAUUCUAAUUCUAUAUGGGAAAUUAGUCAGGAUGGUUUGCUUCUGAGCUCACAUUGCACAUUAUAUAAAUCUGCAAUUGAGGAGGUGAGCGUAUGGGGAUGGCCUUUGCAGACCGCAGGGUUGCUCACAAGUGGAUUUUCUUCCCGGUCUUUCACAAUCUUAUCCGGCAGAGUCACAGAGUGGUCGGAUGGAAAGCUUGGCUAUGUGAUUCGAAAGGCAAACACUUCCUGGGUGCAGAAAAAUUGGGGUGCCUCAGCUGUGCAGUUAGAUCCGAAUACAUGGAUUCUUGAGUACCAGUGGAGCUCAACAUUUGAUAGCCAAAGAUUGGUUUCCGCUGCAAUAGCCUUUUUGAAGAAUAGGAUGUCAAGAAUGCUUGGAAGUAUGAAGCAGAAGUUUUGGCUCUGCUCUACCUUUGGAAACAACCAGUACCUUCAAACUGCUGCAGAAUAUAACAUCAAAAUCCCAACCUAAAGAGAAUCAGUGGACAUCGGAGGUGCACUGUCUUCUCUCAGCAGAUAUCCAGAUCUCAUAUCUUGUGAGAAGCUUAAAAAAGAAAUUUCCCCAUGUUCUGUGGUUUUCUGGAACCUCUUGAGCUUAAUUAUUAAUUUUGAUUUCAAACUGUAUAUGUUGCCUAACAAUGUAAUGUAAUCAGGAAAUUGUUGCUUUCCUGAUAUUGAUUAACUAGCAAGAAACUAGCUUCUGUGUGGCUCUAUGAGUCCAGAUAGUA